GGCAAUCGUCAACUGCUGGUAUAUGUCUAUUCGGCCAUUGGAGAAGAAGGGAUAAGGAGUUUCAGGUGCAGAACUCGGUGUUUUCCGGCGCCAAUCCAGCUCCUAUAAUGGCCGUUCUUCAUGCUUCCGCCUCUCUUUCGCUCACCAUACGCGAUGCUUCCUUCGCAAGAUCAGCACCGAAAGUCUUUCCUCUUCACAGACGUCCCCUUCCGAAUUUGUACCGCAUCGGAACAGCGUUUGCUACUGGCUCUCCACUUGUGCUAAGCAAGCCAACUGGUCAGAAGAAGCAUGCAUGGAAACCAAAUUCUGUUUCUAUAAGAUGUGAGCAAAGUACCCAAGGGAGUAACAAUUUGGAUGUUUGGCUUGGGCGGCUCGCGAUGGUAGGCUUUGCAAUUGCAAUCAGUGUUGAAAUAGCAACAGGCAAGGGACUUUUGGAGAAUUUUGGACUAACGACUCCCCUGCCUACCGUGGCCUUGGCAGUUACAGCAUUGGUUGGCAUAUUGACCGCAGUUUUCAUCUUCCAAUCAGCUUCCAAAAAAUUCUUUUCAUAUUACAGCAUGGGUGCAUUGAUGUCUAGGAUGAGGAAGCGACUCUUCCAGAACCGUGAAGUCAGAAUUCUGAUGGUCGGUCUUGAUGCAUCGGGGAAGACAACCAUUCUAUACAAAUUAAAACUUGGUGAAAUUGUUUUGACCGUACCAACUAUUGGGUUCAAUGUGGAAACAGUAGAAUACAAAAACAUUAGCUGCACUGUCUGGGACGUUGGAGGACAAGAUAAGAUAAGGCCAUUGUGGAGACAUUACUUUCAAAACACACAAGGACUUGUGUUUGUUGUGGACAGCAGUGACAGAGGGAGAAUCUGUGAAGCCCGCAAUGAGCUACAUCGUAUUCUCAGUGAGCCAGAGCUCAGGAAUGCAGCUGUGCUUGUAUUUGCCAACAAGCAAGACCUUCCACACACAAUGGCUGUUUCUGAAAUUGCUACUAAACUUGGCCUCCACACCCUCUCACAGAGAAGAUGGUACAUACAAGGUGCUUCUGCAACUUCUGGGGAAGGGCUGUAUGAGGGUUUUGAUUGGCUAUGCAGCAACAUUCCCAACGAACGCUCUCCAUGACAUGAUGCUUCAUUAAUCAAUCUUACCUUAUGGACUCGUAUUUCUAACUCGAUCAAAAUGUCGAGUUCUAAAUUUUAUGAAAAA